UGUGGAAGUCCUUUACCAAAUAAGGUAAAGUGUUUUGUAGUCUAUAACUCUCCGUGUGCAAUGUUAAACACCGUGCAUUGCCAUGUGAACUACCACCUCGCAAGUAUUGUAAGGGGCUGCAAAAUCUAUAUAUGACUGUAUAUACGCAGUGAGCGUUUAAAUGGAAGAGAUAAUAUUGCUCGGGUGAAUAACUUCCCAGACAAUAUGAUAUAUUGGCAUGUGCUAAACGCAUACCUCUAGUACGUAACAACAAUCCGGAUGAAUGUACAGUCUCCAGGGAACACUGCUGAGACUGGAGGUGCCCCAGCGUUGUUACCACUCCAGGCUUCUUGGAGCAGGUUAUUUAUCUGUCUGCCACGGCUGCAGCUGCUGCAGGAAAACGCUACACCCGCACCAGGAAGGCGGUGUCCGGGAUGACGGGUGGACGAGGGUUAAACAUGACAAGUGUUCUAUAAAUUAUUCGCAUCAUUUUUCUAGAUUUUCCACUCUUUUUCAUGCUUUAGCAAUGACGACGAAAUUCCCCGGCUCUGUGUUGGUGUCGGUAUUUCUUUUUGUUGCCGAGACGAUUGUCGCGAUAUCCCUGAGUACCACUUACAGGUCUGAGGGGGAUAAAACCUGGCAGGCACUGACCCUGGUGUUCUCUUUGGUGCCAUCAGUACUGGUGCAGCUUACCCUCACGUUCAUCCACCGGGACAUCAGCAGGGACAGACCGCUGGUGCUGCUGCUGCACAUGCUACAGCUCGGGCCCAUCGUCAGGUGUGUGGAAGUAUUUUAUAUUUAUGUAAAAGCUGGUAGAACUGAAGAACCAUAUGUCAGCAUCACCAGAAAAAAACAGAUUCCCAGAGAUGGCUGUACAGAUGAAAUUGAGAAAGAAGUUGGCCAAGCUGAAGGAAAACUCUUCACACAUAGAUCUGCAUUCAGCAGGAGUUCUGUAGUGCAGGCUUCACUGGGUUCAGCUCCUCAGCUCACACUUCAGCUGUACAUAAGUGUUCUGCAAAAAGAAGUUACAGUGCCAAGAGGUGUCCUAAUGUUCAUCUCUCUGCUCUCGAUUGUUUAUGGAGCUUUACGUUGCAACAUUCUGGCUAUUAAGAUUAAGUAUGAUGACUAUGAUGUACAUGUGAAGCCUGCGGCCUACCUCUGCAUAUUCCUCUGGAGGAGCUUUGAGAUUGCAACAAGAGUUAUUGUUCUGGUCCUCUUCAGCUCAGUUCUACAAAUAUGGGUUCUUCCAGUGGUACUUCUUAAUUUCUUUGGUUACUUCUUUUACCCAUGGAUCCUUUUCUGGAAGAGCAAGUCUCCCUUUCCUGAAAACAUAGAGAAGACUUUUACAAGGGUGGGGACAACAGUUGUCCUGUGCUUACUUACCUUUUUAUAUGCAGGAAUCAAUACGUUCUGUUGGUCUGCUGUUCAAGUACAGCUAAAUAAUGAAGAGCUGAUAAACAAAUCUCAGAACUGGUAUACAAUGGCAGUUUACUACAUGUUACGAUUCAUUGAAAAUGCUUUCCUUUUGCUAAUGUGGUUCAUCUUUAAGACAGACUUCUACACAUACAUUUGUGCACCUCUGCUAAUCCUGCAGCUUUUGGUUGGAUAUUGCUUUGCCAUCUUUUUCAUGCUAGUUUUCUACCAGUUUUGCCAUCCUUGCAAAAAGCUUUUUUCAUCCAGUAUCACUGAAGGAUUGCUCUCAUGUUUCAAGUUCAUAUGUUUACUAUGUCAGCCUACAUCAAGUGAAACAAUGAAGAAAGGGAAUGUGGAACCAUCUGCUGGCAUAGACAGUGUCCAUGGGAGUUACAGCACCAGUGAGUCUAAAAAUGGCACUCUGCAUCAAAGUGUGUCUGCCAAUGCCUAAAAAAUGUAUAUGCCAUUCAGUUGUUCUAUCACAAACAUAUUUCCACAGACAUGGGAGGUUUGUUAUCAGUAAUCACUGCCUAUUGUUUUGCCUCUGUACAGCAAUUUACAACCUUUACAUAGCUAGUCAAAGGACAAAGAAGUGUUCAAUGACUACAUAUAAGAUGUUAUUUAUGCAAGAAUAUAAAAGUAUUAAUUCUACCUUGCUUUAUGCAUGGUGAUAAAAGUAAAAUGUCAUGAGGAAUAAUAAUAUUGUUAUUCUGCAUUUUCAUCAACCCUGGAGAGCAGAAGACAAAAAUGAAUGUCCCAAGAGAAUGUAGAACUGCUGUGCAUGAUAAAAAAGCUCUGUACCUUAUAAAAAGUGAAAAUGAUUUAUUCAGUAGAUAAGAGGGUUUGAAUCUUAUCUUGCCUUACAUGACAUUUGACACAUAGUUUAAUAAGAAUUCCCAGAUGUGUUUUCAUAGUCAGGAAUACAAUUUUAUUUGAAAGGAAGCAGGUUCAGAAAGAAUGGAGUUUUCUUGGCUACAAUAAAGUGCCGCUGUUCA